UAACGCUCCAGGGCAGAGACUUCAGCAUGUGGUUAGGUUAGGAAGUAAUCUUCUGAAAUCAACAGAUCAUGGGUGACACCAAAGGUGUCCAGAGUCGCUGUUGUGCUGAGGCCUUGGUCAUUAAUCAUAGCUUAAAAUUAAGGUAUUUCACCUCAAUGUGAGUUUCACAAAGAGCAUGUUUUGCACACAGUACAGACCUUCAAUAGUAAUUUGGCAUGAGAAAGGGUGUUUAAUUUCAUAGUAGAAAGUGAGUGUUUCAUGUUGUCGGAUAGUUUUAGUUGGUCAGAUGUAAGUUUGGUUUUGAGGAGUAGUGUCUGUGUAAACCAAGGAGGCCUUCGGAGAGUUAAGGUUGCUCCCUUUGUAUUGAGCUGACUGGCAGACCUGUGACAGACUUUGGCAAGGCUGGUGUUUUGUUCUCCAAAGUUUUCACUCUGUAAUUGUUAUUUUGGAAGUAAUCCUUACUCUCUUUUAUAAUUACCCAUCUAAUCAUCUGGUCAAAGAAGGUGGCAGAAGUUGUAAAUAAAAAUGGAACAGAAAAUGGCCCAGGUGCAGAGCAGCCUCUCGGUGUGUGCCUGGUUUGCAGAGGCUGCCCAGGGGACGGGAGAGAGAAAUCUCUGCCACGUUUCAGUGCCCACAACUCUGCGGUCUGGACGGGAGCCAGGGUUUGUGGCUGGAGUGCCUCUGGAACUACAAAUCCCAGGGAGCCGCGCCCAGAGCACUGUGUGCGGGCGGGCUGGCACCGUGCGGGGCCAAUGGCAGCGGGGAACUCCCCGGCUCCGCUGCCGGCGCUCCGAGGCGCCGCUCGGAGCUCGCCGGACUGCGAGCUGCCUCCUGCCCCUGGCCGCUCCGGAUUGCUGUGGGAGCUCCGACUUGGUUCCGCAGCCUCCCUGCCGCCUGCAAGAAACCCGCUGGACCAGCGCCCAUGGAUGCGAUCCUGAGCUGCAAGCCGGAGGACCUGGAGGAUUACUACAACUUGCUGGGAUGCAAUGAGCUAUCGACGGUUGAACAGAUUCUUGCCGAAUAUAAGAUUAAAGCCCUUGAAUGUCAUCCUGACAAACAUCCUGGAAACCCCAAAGCAGUGGAGCACUUCCAGAGGCUGCAGCAGGCCAAGGAGACUCUGACGGACGAGCAGAGCCGGGCGCGGUACGAUCAGUGGCGGCGGAGCAGAGUCCUCGUCCCGUUCCAGCAGUGGCAGGCGCUCCGCGGCUCCGUCCGAACGUCAAUGCACUGGGCUGUCCAAAGUAAGAAGGACCAAAUGCUGGAAGCUCCUGACUUGGGAAACACCAACAACACAGCUAAGGAGGAGUGGACCCAACAGAUGGAAAACAGUGGGGAUGGAUUGCUGGAAGGGAGCAGAGAACAAGAUGAUGUUGCAAUCCCUGAUGUGAAACCACAGUCUUCAAAGAAUCCAGACUCCCCAAAAUUUUCAGAGGGGAAUUACUGGCACUUGCGUUUCCGCUGGUCAGGCGAUGCUCCAUCAGACCUUCUGAGGAAAUUCAGAAACUAUGAGAUCUAAAAUGAGAAACACACAGAAGCAUGAGAUCAUCUGUUCAGUGUUCAGUUUGGGUUUUUCAACAGCAGUUAAAAGUUAUUUGUAUUUUGUAAUGUGUUGUUCUAGUCAAUGUCUAAAUACUGAUUUAUCACACAUGCUGUGAGCGUUACAGAUAGAGAUUUGUCUGCUCAAUAAGAAAAACCCUUUUCAAUAUUAAUAUAAAGUGAUGUUGUGAAGUUAUCUAACAUCUUGUAUUCUCAGAUAUUGUGUAGUGAUUAAUAUUUCUUUCAAUAGUGUGAUGUUAUAAAAAACAUACUCUUAGUAGAACCCUGGGCUCCAGGGUAUCCUACUCAGCGAGGAUCUUCCAAAAGCUUUAUGACAAUGAAGUGUAAAUAGAGCUGUGCUUAUCUAUUAACUCUGUGCUCUGCUUCACUUCUCCAUUGCAUUGGACUCACUGCACUUACUCAUUACAAACUUAACUUGUAGGAGAGUUGUGAUUUUAUGUUAUAGAUGAAAUUAGGAGGUUCUUGUUAUCCAAGGUGUCUGUGACAGAUCAAGCACUCCUAAAAAUCGCUUGUCUUCUACCUUAACAAGAACACUUUUUGCACCAGCUAUUUGUUUUGGAAGGCAGUUUCAGAACUUCUCCAGAUAGCAAUUUUUGUCUUAAGAUGUAUUGGUGGAAAACUGAUCCCGUGUGUAUGUGUGCCAGCUUUGUCCUUGCUUCAUAGCAAUUCCCCUCCAUGCUCAGGUGUGCUAGACAUGGAUUUACCAGGGUUUUGUAUGGUGAGGAAUGAAAAAUCAGACUAGUCAACACUAAUGUGUACAAAAUCUCACAUGAAAAGUUUUUGAUACUUCGGGCAACUUUUCAAAUUCUACAUUGUUGUUUAUUUAUUUUGUGUUUGUUUUCUUCUUUGCAAACUUGGCUAAUAUGUCAGGUGUUGACGUGGUUUUGUGCAGGCAGAUAAUUCCAUCAGCAGCAAAUAAAACUUCAUGCAUACAGAAAAGGGGUUUCUUUCAUCUUUUUAAUUAAAUCCUCCACCCACCACA